GGCCUUUCACAGGUCUGCUGUGCAAUCUGGAGCCUGAAUGGAGACUCUCAGCAGCAGCUCCAGCAUUUGCAUUUGAUGCAGACUUCUGGCAGACUUCAGCCGGCAGACCGCGCACCGCGGACGACUCUGAAACUCAACAAAACUUUUAUGAACGGAGACCAGAACGUCCAGAGAAAACACUAACAAAGUCGUUUCACUUCGGUGUUUGAGCCCUGCUCGAGAUAAAGACGUAGUUUGGUUGUGACGCGGGUUGGGUGUGUUUAAAAUCGCUCUGUGUAGAAAAAGUAUAGGCGGAACUAGGUUUCCUGGCGGAGGAGCAUUAAAUCCAGAGCACAACAGACUACCGGUGCACACCGCUGAGCCCGAGCGCGACGGACUGAGUGCGCUAAAACUGGAGGGUUUAACUCUGUGAUGCGUCUGUGUGGCGUUUAAUAAACAACACUAGUUUGUCUUUCGCUAAAUAACGCAUUCGUCCCCAUCGUUUGGACCAUUUGAGGAUCAACUGUUUUGUUUUGGGUUUUUUUGGUUGGUCCAAAUCGACGGACUUCUCGACACUGGAAAGACUUAAACUGAACUCAAGAUGUCAAUUUUGCCUUUCACUCCCCCCAUUGUCAAAAGACUUUUGGGCUGGAAGAAGGGAGAACAGAACGGCCAGGAGGAGAAAUGGUGUGAAAAGGCGGUGAAAAGUCUGGUGAAGAAGCUGAAGAAGACGGGACAGCUGGACGAACUGGAGAAGGCCAUCACCACCCAGAAUAUCAACACAAAAUGCAUCACCAUACCAAGGUCUCUGGAUGGACGUCUGCAGGUUUCCCACAGAAAAGGCCUGCCCCACGUUAUCUACUGCCGUCUGUGGCGCUGGCCCGACCUGCAGUCCCACCAUGAGCUGCGGGCGGUCGAGCUGUGCGAGUACGCCUUCCACACGAAGAAGGAUGAAGUGUGUGUCAACCCGUACCACUACCAGAGAGUAGAGACGCCAGUCCUCCCACCUGUGCUGGUGCCCAGACACACAGAAAUCCCCAGUGAGUUUCCACCCCUGGAUGACUACAGCCACUCAAUCCCUGAAAACACCAACUUCCCUGCUGGCAUUGAGCCUCAGAGCAACUACAUACCAGAGACGCCACCACCAGGCUACCUCAGCGAGGAUGGAGAGACCAGCGAUCACCAGAUGACCCACAUGGACACAAGCUCCCCAAAUCUGUCACCCAACCCUGUUUCACCCACACACAGCAACUUAGACCUUCAGCCUGUGACAUAUUGCGAGCCAGCCUUCUGGUGCUCUAUUUCCUACUAUGAACUGAACCAGCGAGUGGGAGAGACCUUCCACGCCUCGCAGCCCUCGUUGACGGUGGAUGGCUUCACGGACCCCUCGAACUCAGAGCGCUUCUGCCUUGGCCUGUUGUCCAACGUGAACCGCAAUGCAGCUGUGGAGUUAACACGCAGACAUAUUGGCCGUGGAGUGCGGCUGUAUUACAUCGGAGGCGAAGUGUUUGCUGAGUGUCUCAGCGAUAGCGCCAUCUUUGUCCAAAGCCCCAACUGUAACCAGCGCUAUGGCUGGCAUCCUGCCACAGUCUGCAAGAUCCCUCCAGGAUGUAACCUGAAGAUCUUCAACAACCAAGAGUUUGCUGCCCUGCUGGCACAGUCAGUCAAUCAGGGGUUUGAGGCUGUGUACCAGCUCACGAGGAUGUGCACCAUCCGCAUGAGCUUCGUCAAGGGCUGGGGAGCCGAGUACAGGCGACAGACGGUGACCAGCACCCCCUGCUGGAUCGAGCUGCACCUGAACGGCCCCCUGCAGUGGCUCGACAAGGUGCUCACACAAAUGGGUUCCCCCAGCAUCCGCUGCUCCAGCGUCUCUUAGGGAAUCCGUGCAUCCACCAGCUUCCUCUACACCACAUCUCCUGUCAGUGACUAAAAACACACGGACUGCAUGCAGACAUGGAACAACUACACAGCUACAGAAUGAUGAUGAGCCCCCCCACCCAAUUCAGCCAAUUCAGCCAAUCCCCAAUGUGUUACUUAGUCCCUUCUCCCCGCCAGCUGUCCGUAGCACUUUUUAUAAACAUGUUGUUUGAGACAAACAACAGAAUUAUUUUUAUGGCAAUUUCUUUUAAUUGUUGGCAUCAAAGUGCCAGAAAGGCUGCAGCAUUGGGAGGAUAUUUUCAUCAGUUAAGAGAUUAUUAUUUUAUUUCCUUCUUUUUAAUGAUUUUUGCAUUUUUGUACAUAUUAUAAAGUGAACAAUGAUUUAAAAAAAAAAUAAUUUUUCUAAGCAUCAAGAACAUUUUGUAAAGCAUGUGUAGGAUCAUUUUAAAUGCAUUUCACUUGACUUUGUUUCUGUAUUUGGGCAUUUAUUAGGUUAUGAAGAUGUGUACAAAUGUGACCCAGUGCGACUAUAAUGGAAAUGUUCAACCACCACUUGUAGGCGCUGCGUGAAGGAAUAUACUGUAAGUCUAGCACGAAAAUUUGUUUAGGUUGUCAUUUUGUGCAGCCUGUGUUUCUCUGACAAGACAAAUAACAAGAUGUUUAACUCCACAUUUCAGACAGAAACAAAUGACAAAGCAAGGAAUCAGUCACACUCACACAGUCAGACUUUUCCCCAUCCAACAGUCCAGUAAAGUAAAGCGCACUCUGAUGUGAACCAUGGGACAGAUUACAAAGCAGUCCGAUGCUUCAGGACACAACAGACCAGACAGGAGGUACAGCUCCUUAAACUCAUAUAUGAGUACUUAAAGAUAGUGGCAUUCAUCAGAUGUCAUGAUGAAGAUGAUGCACUUUUGUAACAUGUUAAUAUUGUAGUGAAGCAGAGUUAGCAAAGUACAUUCAGCGGCAGUUGUGGUUCACAGCUGCAGUGAUUCUUGUCAGGGGGUUAUAUAUCCUGCGUUAACUUCAGGAAGCUUUGCCAAUUUGCGAAAUACAUUUGCUGCGUUGUAUUGUGUAGUAAGAGGUAUGUAACAGGUAUUUACACAGAACUUGAAAUCAUCUCACAUGCUGUACCAUUCUGCGAAAUUUUAAAUUACAAAUUAGACACACAAGUGACAGUUUCAUUACUUGUGUGUCAUGUGAGUACCCUGCAGAAGGCUGUGUAAAGAGAGGAGGUUGUGCUUUUUUAAUUUUCCCUCUCAGCAGCCCAUAACAUUGGUCUUACUUAUAGCCAUCAGUGAUAUUGACAUUUUUGCACACUCAGGACCGUAAGAACAACUGAAUUAUGUACAGAAAAGGACAGAUGUGCGACACUAGAGACUUCAAAGUCUAUUUUGCUACCGGUUAUUUUUGUAGGACAAUAAGGUGAUAACGUGGUGACGAACUUGUCCGUUCCAAGUGUUUUUGCAUUGUCUGACAGAAAUUACUGCUCGCAGGUCUGUAUUUUUCUACCUGUAAAGAGAAGGCAGUUUCAGUUAAAAAAGAAAAUAAAAAGAAAAAAGAAAAAAAAGCUUUUUACAAAGGGAAAUGUUUAGAUAGAGGCGUGUAAAUAACGUCCCUAUUUUUUAGGUCUAUGUACAUAUAAUACAUACAUGUGCUAUAAUCUGACCAUUAACCUUUAUAAUGUUGGUGGUUUUGUAAAGAGGAGAACAGAAAAGAAACUCGGAAAUGUUAAAUGUUUGGAAGAGCUAUUGCUGAAAUAGAAAAGCAAAUUUUUAGCUUGGUCCUGUUUCCUUUCAGUCACCCACUGUGGUGGAAGUGGAUAGUUUCCUUCUGGUUUUAUAACACUAGACAAAGACACAGUGGGUGAAUGUGGACAAUGUUUGGAUUCUUUUUACAGUACUUAUUUACGUUAACCCAGCUUUUUAUGUUAAUGCCAGCCCAGUGGUGCUAAUCUUUAACAUUUUAGGGACUCGAGAGAACCACAAAGCCAUAAGAUGUUACUCUUAAAGCUGGCAGGUUUUUAUCUAUGUUUAAUAACUUUUAAACCUUUGAAUUAUAGUGUGGGACUGUUUCAGAAACAGUAGCAUCUACCAAUCUGAGACAAGACAGCUCUUUGUAGAGCUUCUAGUGUCCUUGAACGCAGCAGUCCUGAUCCUGAUGGGCGCUUUAACCCCAUGGUUAAUGUAAUUACCCAGUAGGGAAUAUUUUGCAAGCCGAUUUGUCAUUUUUAUACACUCUUCAAGUUAUAAUGCUUGUGCUUUCCCCCCUUGUUUAAAUGUUCCGCUGUAAUAGUUAUUAGUUGUGAUUUAUGUUUUUGUGCUCUCAGUUGAUCUUUUUAGAAGUCUUGUAUAAAAUUAUACCCUUUAUUUUUCUCUGCCUAUAAAAAAGUUGAUGUGAUGCUUUAUAUUUUUGUUUAUUAUUGUUGGUCUAUGAAUAAAAUAUAUAUCUUGUGGUGA